AUGUGGCCAGAGGAUUUCGAACGGGUUCCCAUGCAUGAGUAUUGGGGCCGUCAAGAGCCGGUGCUACAAAAGUGCACUGUAGAUGUUUACAUCUUUUCCAGACCACAUGCGGAAUUCAACUGGUAUCUUUCAGAUGCUUCGGAGUACGAAUGA